AUGGGUUCUGUAAUGAGUUUGAGCUGUAACAAGAGGAAAGCUACGAGUCAGGACGACGUGGAAACCGAAUCUGUUAAAAGACAAAAGAUAUGCUCAACUAACGAUGAUGAAUUUUCUUGGAAACGUCCUUUGAGUUUCUGUGCCAACGUUGCAGCGGGUGUUUAUACAAAAUUCAGAUUCCAACAAGACAGCAAAGAUAUUAUAUCGUCUUCUGUGUCUCGAAACUGGAAAUACCAUGUCUUCCCAAGCUUCCACGGGGCAGACGUCCGAAGCAACUUUCUUAGUCACAUCCUGGAAUCAUUCAAGAGAAAGGGAAUCGACACAUUCAUUGAUAAUGAUAUACCGAGGAGCAAGUCGAUCGGUCCUGAGCUCAAAGAAGCUAUUAAAGGAUCAAAGAUUGCGAUCGUGUUACUUUCCAAGAACUAUGCUUCUUCUUCGUGGUGUCUUGAUGAGUUGGCAGAGAUCAUGAAAUACAGGGAAGAGUUGGGUAAAAUAGUCAUGACUAUUUUCUAUAAAGUGGAACCAACUGAAGUAAAGAAACAGACGGAAGAUUUUGGAAAAGCCUUCAGAAAAACUUGUAAAGGUAAAACAAAAGAGCGCACUGGGAUAUGGAGAAAAGCGUUGGAAGAUGUGGCCACAAUCGCCGGAUAUCAUUUUGACCAAAGGGUCAAUGAAGCGGCCAUGAUCGAAAAAUUAGCCACUGAUAUUUCAAACAUGUUGAAUAACUCGACACCGUCAAGAGAUUUUGAUGGUUUAGUUGGGAUGGAAGCUCAUAUGGAAAGGAUAGAGCAAUUGUUAAGCCUAGAUUUGGAUGAGGUAAAGAUAAUCGGGAUUUGGGGUCCGCCUGGUAUAGGUAAGACAACCAUCGCUAGAUUUAUGUUAGACCGAUUCUCCACCAGAUUCCAACUUAGUGCAAUCAUGGUUGAUAUUAGAAGAAGCUAUCCCUAUCCAAGAUCUUGUUCAUAUGAGUAUAGUGCGCAGUUGCAACUUCAAAACCAAAUGUUGUCUCAAAUGAUGAAUCAGAAAGAUAUCAAGAUUUCUCAUUUAGGAAUGGCCCAAGAAUGGUUGAAAGAAAAGAAAGUGUGUCUCGUUCUUGAUGAAGUAGAUCAGUUAGGACAAGUGUAUGCCUUGGCGAAGGAAACCCGAUGGUUUGGUCCUGGAAGUCGGAUUAUAAUCAUAACAGAAGAUCUAAGAGUUCUUAAAGCUCUUAAGAUCAAUCAUUUUUACGCAGUGAAUUUUCCAACAAGUAAUGAGACUUUUCAAAUCUUUUGUAUGCAUGCCUUUGGACACAAGCACCCAGAUAAUGGCUUCGAUGAGCUUGCUAGGAAAGUUACAUGCCUUGCUGGUGAACUCCCUUUGGGUUUGAAGAUUCUAGGCUCCACUUUGAAAGGAAGGUCCAAGGCAGAGUGGGAGAGGACACUACCAAUGUUAAAGACCAACCUUAAUGGAGAAAUAAAGAACAUUAUAAUGUUCAGUUAUGCUGCCUUAGAUAAUGAUGAAUAUAAAUAUUUAUUUCUUUAUAUAUCUUGCUUUUUCAACGGCGUAUAUCAACAUAAAGUUGAAGCGUUUCUUGGAAAGAAGUUCUCGGAUGUGAGGCACGGUCUUGAUGUUUUGGCUGAAAGAUCUCUCAUAUAUAUUGAAUACGGAAUGAUACAGAUGCAUCGUUUGCUACAUCAAUUUGGAAUAGAAACUUCACGUAAGCAAUUUGUUCAGCAUGGCCUUAGGGAACAUUAUCUUUUAGUCGAUGCAAGAGAUAUAUGUGAAGAGCUUAGCAAUGAUACAAGAGAUAAUAGGCGUUUUAUAGGCAUAAAUUUAGAUUUAUCUAAUACUGAGGAAGAGCUGAGCAUAAGGGAAAAAGCACUAGAAAGAAUGUUAGAUCUCCAAUUUGUAAGAAUCAAUGGUGUGGACCUUGCUCAUGCUGAGAGACUGCAUUCACUGCUUCAUUAUCCUCAAAAUAUUAGAUUAGUAGAUUGGAUUUAUUUCCAGAAUACAUGUUUGCCAUCAACUUUUAAUCCCGAGUUUCUCGUCGAACUAUGUAUGAGUUCCAGCAAGCUUCAAAAACUAUGGGAAGGAACUAAACAAUUUAAAAAUCUUAGGUGGAUGGAUUUGUCUUAUUCUAAAGAUUUGAAAGCACUUCCUGAUCUUUCAACUGCCACUAAUCUUGAAGAGUUAAAUCUCCAAGGAUGCUCAAGUUUAGUGCAGCUUCCUUCUUUUAGGAAUGCAAAUAAACUUGAGGAAUUGGAUCUUGGUAAUUGUUCAAGUCUUGUGAAACUUCCGUCUUCUAUCAAUGCCACUAAUCUCAAGAAAUUGACUCUAAGCAAUUGUUCUUCUAUCGUGGAGCUACCUCAUUCUAUUGGAACUGCCAAAAAUCUCAAGUAUUAGAAUGUUAGUGGAUGUUCAAGUCUCGUGAAUCUCCCCUCCUCUAUUGGAGAUCUCACUAAUCUCGAAGAUUUGAAUCUAUCUGACUGCUCAAAUCUGGUGGAUCUUCCUUCCUCUAUAGGGAACCUUCAGCGAUUGUAUUAUUUGACAAUGAGAGGAUGCUCAAAGCUAGAGGCUCUUCCAACCAACAUCAACUUGAAAUCUCUCUGGCAUCUUAAUCUCACAGAUUGCUCGCAGUUGAAAAGUUUUCCUGAGAUCUCCACACACAUUAAGGAUCUGUGGCUCACAGGAACAUCAAUAAAAGAAGUUCCUUUGUCUAUCAGGUCGUGGUCUGGUCUUUCUCAGUUUCAUAUUUCAUACUUUGAAAGCCUUAAGGAAUUCCCGCAUGCUCUUGACAUCAUCACGGAGCUGCAGUUGAACGAAGAUAUACAAGAAGUUGUUCCAUGGGUCAAGGAAAUGUCUCGUUUACGUAAACUUAGACUCCACAACUGCAAGAAUCUGGUAUCACUCCCCCAAUUUUCAGAUUCCCUAUAUGACAUAACUGCAUACAAUUGCCAGUCUCUUGAGAGACUGGAUUGUUCCUUUAACAAUCCGGAGAUACGUUUGAAGUUCAUGAACUGCUUUAAACUGAAUCAAGAAGCCAGAGAUCUCAUCAUGCACACAUCGACUUCGGAUUAUGCGGUGUUACCAGGUACACAAGUGCCUGCCUGCUUCAAUCACCGAGCUACUGCUGAGGGUUCCUUGACAAUUAAGUUGAAUGAGUCAUCUCUUCCCAAAUCUUUGAGAUUUAAGGCUUGCUUCAUCCUGGUUAAAACUAAUGAAGAAACGGUUUAUGAUCAUGGUUGGAUGUCUGUAUAUAUAAAGAUCAUGGACAAACAGAUUGAUCUCGAAGUUCUGUGUAAACUAUGCGGCCAUUUCAUAGAUCCACUUUUAACAAAGCAUAUCUACACAUUUGAAGUUGAAGCAGAGGAUGUGACUUCCACCGAGCUUCUCUUUCAGUUCGCAUCAGGCUAUAAUGACAACUGGAAGAUCGGAGAAUGCGGGGUAUAUCAAAUCUUGGAGGUUCAGAGAUGA